AUGGACUCUCCAGGGAUGGUCCCAUCGCCGAAGUUCUCGAGAACGGGCAUGCCGAAGGCCGGUCAGCCGGCAGAAGAAGGGAUCGCGAAUGCCUUCGACAGUGAGCUCCGCGGCACGUGCGAGCUUCGCCGGCGUCUGACAGAGUCUGGGCACCUGGGCCGUGGAGGCGCUCUUCGGCAGGCGCGCUCCAGUGACGAGGAGAUGGCAGCCAAGACGCGCAACCAGCCGACAUCUUUGAAGAGACGUCGUGAUCCGCGCGAGCCGCGAGACGGGAUGGUGGUGCGGCUGUGCAUGUCUCAGAAGGAGAGCACGGGCAAGCACUGA